UCCCACCCUCCCCUCCCGUAGAAAACUCGGUGAUGUAGCUUCGUCUUUAACGAGCUUGACCCAGAACCCAGAGAAGGAGGGGGACGCACCGAAAAACGGAAUAGUCUCGAAGAGGUCGCGGAGGCUUUCGGCGACUACGUUCUUUUUUUUCCUCGUUUCUGGGACUGACGCUUCGGUGACCUUCUACACAUGAGCAACUAGUUCUCAGCAUCUGGCCGUGGCGCAAUCUCUCACCUCUUCUACAGAAACACGCCCACGGGUGAAGUGUGUAUGGAGCAGUGUGAGAGCGCAGCGGCUCUGCUGGAGUCGGUCAGGGAGCAGGAGGCGCAGUUUGAACAGCUCACCCGAGCGCUAGAGGAGGAGAGGAGGAGAGUGGGCCUCCCUGCCAGCAGCCCCUCGGCCCUGGGUUUCCCCCUCCCUCACACACAGAACGGGCGUUUAGGGGAUGCAGACAUAGAACGACUGAAACUGACUGACUCCUACAUAAACGGCACACAGUACAGGAUGGUAGACCCUGCACGCAGCGCUCUCGAUGAGAGCUACACACCAGAGGAUGACUCCCAGGAAGUACACUCAGUCUUUUCUGACGAAGGAACCACACGGCGGUCAGAUAACGGGAUGAAGAAACCAAUCUCACGCACAGUCCUUCCCUCUGACUCUAAGUCUAUUGAUGGGGGCAUGUUGAUGUCUGGUAUGGGCAGCUACAGUGCCACUCUGGACCGUCCGUACAGACACAUUGGGCCAGUGGACUACCCCACAGCCACAGUGCCCAGAAACUAUCGUAUAAACAUCGGGGGCUACGAUGACUACAGAGCAGGCCCACCAUCAGAGGCCUACACCAGCCUCAGCAGGGGCUCACACAUGGAUCAGAGCUACAGGCCAGAAAGCUACAGAACUCUGGACUCGGUCUACCGGGCCCCAAGCCGCCAACAGCUUGACCCGUACGCAGCACAGCCCCAGGUGAGCCGGGGAAUGAGGGCUUUGGGCUCAGCCAUGGAGAUGCGUUAUGGCCAAGGCAUGUAUGGCAUGGAUGAUGACCAGCGCAGUGUGGGCUAUGACGACUACGGCAUGGGACCCCCUCCCAUGCACCCUGGAGGCUACGGUACUAUGCCGCGUUUGGGGCUUGCUCCUGGGACUAUGGACAGAAGAAGGUUAAGGAGCUGUGAGGAUACUUUAGAGACUGACAUGGGAGGCGUUGACCCCUACGCUUGGGGCGUUCCCAUGACGAUGGACAGGGGGAGCAUGGCUUCACUGGACAGCACACUAAGAAAGGGUCCUCAGACUUCUUGGAGACAUCCGGAGCUGCCUGAGGUCAUUGCCAUGUUGAACUACCGCCUGGACGCUGUCAAAACAAACGCUGCUGCCUUCCUCCAGCAUCUUACAUACCAAAAUGAUAAGGUUAAGUCAGAAGUCCGUCGUCUAAAGGGUAUCCCAGCAUUGGUGUCGAUGCUUGACCACCCCAGCAAAGAUGUGCACCACUCAGCGUGUGGGGCACUAAAGAACAUUUCAUAUGGGCGAGAUCAGGACAACAAGAUUGCUAUCAAGAACUGUGAUGGAAUACCUGCUCUGGUCAGAUUACUGAGAAAAACCCAUGACCAGGACCUCACUGACACUAUUACAGGCACCUUAUGGAACCUCUCGUCCAACGACUCAGUGAAGAUGGAGAUUGUGGACCAUGCGCUGCACGCUUUAGUUGAUGAGGUGAUUGUUCCCCACUCAGGCUGGGAGAAAGGGAACAGCGGCGGGGAGGAGAGUUGCAAACCACGCCAUCUGGAGUGGGAGGUUGCCCUGACCAACACAGCUGGCUGCCUUCGGAAUGUGAGCUCGGAACGCAGCGAGGCCAGGCGGAAGAUAAGGGAAUGCUCAGGAUUGGUGGAUUCACUCAUGUACAUUGUUCAAUCUCAGAUUAACAGCAAAGAUGUGGAUAAUAAGUUGGUGGAGAACUGCGUCUGCCUCCUGAGGAACCUGUCCUAUCAGGUUCACCGCGAAGUCCCCGGCUGUGAACGCUACCUGGAGAACACGCCCCUCAACCACGGAUCGGCUCCCGCUAACAAAGGCGGCUGCUUUGGCUCUCGAAAGGGCAAAGAUGAGUGGUUUUCCAAAGGAAAGAAGGAUGGGGAUGAUGGAAGUGGGGACCAGAUUGAUAUUCCAAAGAGGACAACACCUGCCAAAGGUUAUGAGCUGUUAUACCAACCAGAGGUGGUUCGUGUUUACACGUCGCUGCUUAAAGAGAGCAAAAACCCCUCGGUGCUAGAGGCUGCUGCUGGUGCAAUCCAGAACCUGUGUGCUGGUCGAUGGACUUAUGGCCGCUAUAUUCGUGCCACUGUGCGUCUGGAGUCCGGUCUUCCCGUGAUGGCGGAGCUACUGGGUCAUGGCAAUGAUCGUGUGGUCAGAGCAAUGUCUGGAGCCUUAAGAAACCUUGCUAUUGACAAUCGCAAUUGUGAACUGCUUGGUUUGCAUGCAACACCUCACCUGGUCUCCAACCUGCCUGGAGGCCAGAGUCAGUCUGGGCGCAAUCUGUCGGAGGAGACCGUGGUGUCUGUGCUGAGCACGCUCAGCGAGGUCCUCGGCAACAACCUGGAGGCAGCAAAGGUCCUUCGAACCUCGCAGGGCAUUGAGAGGCUGGUGCUUUUCAACAAGGACAGAAAACGGUCGGACCGGGAGGUGCGGGGGGCCGGGCAGGUGCUGCAGCUCAUCUGGGGCCAUAAGGAGCUGCGUCGGACUCUUGAGAAAGAUGGCUGGAAGAAGACCGACUUCAUGGUCAACCUUAACCCAAACAGCACCACCACAAACGGCCCCAGCACUCGUGCCAAUGGCACCCACGAAGACAGCACCACGCCCCUAUUGGACAGAGGGGAAAAGCGCGACAUGAUACCACUAAACGACCUUGGCCCAGAGGCCUACUCUACACUGGACCAGAGGGAGAGGAGACACACUCUGGACGACACCACAGACACUUUACCGCGAGGGGUGUAUGGGUGCAGAAAGGGCUCCCUGCCUCUAUUGGACUCCUACGAUGGUUAGCCCUCCCCACUCCCCUCUUCCCCCCACUGCAUGUUACAGCAUGAAAAACUGAUUGUGUGCAUCACCCAGACGGGGCCAUCCCUGCCCUACCACUGCUACUGAGGGGAGAAGAUCCAGAUGCACAGUCUCUCUCUUUCUCUCUCUCCCCCCUUCCUCCCUUCUUUUUUUGUUCUCUCUCUAUCGCCACACAGAGGGGAUCAGAGGAUGAGGACUGUCAUCCAAAGAAAGUGAUUGUGUUGCACACGCAAACGGUGGUGCAACACACGCGUAUAGAGACGUUUAGGGAUUCUUUCAAGUGUAGCAACAAUUUUUGCAUUGAGUUUUAAAAAUACAACUCUUCUGAAACGGCAAUCACUUUUGUUGACAAUCAUAUAAAUCCAGUGUUUUCAUUUUUUUUUUUUUUUUUUUUCCGGUUGUCAACAUUAUUGGCAAAUUUCUUAUUGACAUGUUGCUGCCAACACCUACAUCCUAAUAAUAAUGAAUUUGUAUGUUGGCUUAUGUAGGAUAUAUACUGUAUAUAAAAAGAAGAUGGGAUGACUGCGUUAGUUUUGGCUCAUUAAUUUAAAUUAUCCGGGAUUGUUGGACGGCAGAGCGGCGGCCAUCCUGUAGGUUGAGAAUGUUUAUAUAGGAUUUAUUUCCUUCCUAGAAUGAUUUCCUCUUGGUUAGGAUGAGCACAGGUGUAGACAAGAACGGGCAGGAGUGUGUGUGUAUGUGCGCAUGCGUUUGUAAGAGCAAUGAGUAUGGACCUAUUGAGUGUGGGUGUGUUCGUGCACACCCCGACUCACCUAUUGAUAUUUCCAUCCAUCUGUAAUGUUGCGUGCUCCUGUGACAAAGUAUUUUUAUUUUCUUAGUUUUAUGUACUGACUGCCUCUCGUUUGUUACACUAGUCUCUGCUCUGACUUUAUUUUAUUUUUUAAAUUUUUAAACUGCCUCCCCAGUGGAACAAAUGUCAGUUUGAGCUGCAGAGCUUUGACUUUCCAGUUUAGAUGUAGCGGAUCGAACCCCUCGAGCAGGCGUUCACACGUGGCGCUGGGAGCAAACACUACUAAACCACUACCACAUUCUCUCGUUCGGCUUCCGGAACCAUUUCCCGCUCUGCAGCAAGAGUCGCACUAAGGUUCCUGUCUUAAUUCCAAAGGUAAAACAGUCGCGGUAUUAAAGGAAUCACUACUCGCUGUCUUAAUGUGAUCGCAUGCUGAUCUGCAUUCCCAGCAUGCUCUGCUUUUUAACGUGGGACUCCUCCGUCUGCGGCGCUUCUUCGCUCACGCUUCAACUGACGCUUUAACUCUGGGGAGAGACGCUGGUAUUUAAGUUGAGAGGCAGACAAGAAGCACAUUUUUAACAACGGUCAUUGUUUUUAUCUUUUUUGUUACCAUUUGUUUAUGAUCUUUUGGGUUUUAUAUGUGAGGGAGUCGUGGGUGAGGUUUAUGCAAUUUGUUCUACAUUUUAGUCCAGUUUUAUUGCUGAUUUGUUGUAAAGGCAAAAGAGACCAAUCUUUGUUUUUUUUUACUCUCCAUACACAUAGUAUAUUUGUACUGUUGCCUAUCCAUGUAAAAUGAUGUACCAUUCAUACCUGCCUUGGCUCGGAGAAGUUGCUUUUUUUUUUUCAGUAACGUAUGUAACUGGUAAUCCUGUUUUUAUAAAUAAAGAUCUUUUCUUAGACCAGA